UAGCGAUCAUACUUGAUACAUUAUUCACGCAUGCAUGAAGCAAAUUUUCAAGAAUGUGAUAUUUUUCAUCAUCGUUUUGAAUAUUGUCGUUCUGCUGAUUAUUCAGUGGCCAAAUCUUCUCUUAUCCCCAGAAGAAGCCUUAGAACCAUUGACUAUUCAUGUCAACAGAGGUCGCCUUGGUAACCAGAUGUUCACCUACGCGACACUUUAUGGACUAGGAAGACUCAAUCGAAGGCAUGUGAGACUCAUGCCGCAAAACUAUAAUGCUCUUAAGUCAUACUUCAAACUCCGUCAUUCUCAGGUCAAUGAAUUCACUUUUAAGGAAAAACACCCUUGGCCCAUUGGGAGUUGGCUUCAACCCCAUGACAGUCAUAUACCCAACACCACAAAUAUCGUGAAAGGCCGUUUAUACCCAACAUCAUUCACAUUUUUCCAUCAUGUUCAAGACGAAAUUCGAGAUAUCUUUCAAUUUCAGGAUACCAUCCGACACUACGCGCAAAAUGUACUACGACAUGUGAAACGCUUACGGCCUUGGACUGAAGUUUACAUCGGGGUACACGUGCGCAGAGGUGAUUAUCUGUCAAAGUCAAAAGGUGGAUGGCUCCGAGCAUUCGAAGGUAGAGAAGUGGAUAUAGAAUACUUUAGAAAAGCUGUUGACUACUUUCGACGCAAAUAUAGUAAUCUCACCUUCAUAGCAGUAAGCGAUGACCGGCAAUGGUGCAAAAAAUAUCUACCUCAAUUCCAUAUUCUGACUCUCCCCUUUUCUCCUAGUCCGGCUCAUGACCUGGCUAUCAUGGCUGAAUGCAAUCAUACUAUCAUAACUUACGGCACUUUCAGUUUCUGGAGUGGAUAUCUGGCUGGAGGUGAGGUUAUCUAUUUUUCAAAUUUCGUAAAUCCGAAAAGACGCAGCAACUUUCCAGAAGAGAAAAUGUACCCUCCAAAAUGGAUAGGGAUCUCUACUACACCGAAAGGAUUCUGGGAUUCAUAUAAAAAUCCAUUUCUUGAUCAUGAUGGAAACAAUGUAAGCGUCUCAAAAGAAAUCAUACUGUAGCUCAAAAACGAAACAUUGAAAUCUAAAACAAAUAUUUUAAAUAUAAAAUUCACUUGAGCUUGGCAACAUUAUUUCUACUAAUUCAGAAAUGCUAAAACUUGAAGUCUUUAGCACAGAUUAUGAAAAGAAACUUUGUUCAGAAUAGAAAACGAUAUUAAACUGCUAUAAUGCAUUGAAACCACAGUGGGAGAAAAACAGAGGUUCUUGGAAACCGUAAAAGGCAAAAAGUGCAACAGCCAAAAUGCAUUACAAUCUAGUGUCAAGUCCGCCAAAAAGUAUCACAAUCCAGUGUCGAGAAAUAUCGAACUUCAUUAAUCCUGUGUAGUUUACAACCAUUUCUUUUUUCUGCUAAUAAAUGUUUCACAAUUAAAUUGUAUUUCCAAUUAGAAAAUUUCUGUUAAAAAUAAAUAUUUUUCAGCUGAUCAGGAUAAAAAAAAGUUGAAUUUUUGGAAGAAAUACAUUGUAUAAUAAAAAGAUGUUCAGGUAGUUGUGUAUUUUCUUAUCUUCGAAGAAAUAAAAUACUAAUGGGA